UACCAUCUUUCAGAGUUAAAGGUAUGUUUAAACCCUUUUCUCGAGUUGCGACGCUCUGUUUCAGUUUGCUGACAGCCACAACCCACUUGGGCUUAUCUCCUUGUGAAAUUGGCAGGUUUAUACAAGCACUCGCUUAUUCUGCGCUCUCCUUGAGGGCUUCUCUUUCAGGCAACCAAGUAGGAUUCAAUCAGAAUGCACAAUAUCAAAUGUGUUGUAGUUGGUGAUGGUGCUGUCGGCAAGACCUGUCUUCUCAUCUCUUAUACCACAAAUGCCUUUCCAGGAGAAUACGUACCAACAGUAUUCGACAACUACUCUGCAAAUGUGAUGGUCGACGGGAAAACCAUUUCUCUCGGCCUAUGGGAUACCGCUGGACAAGAAGAUUAUGAUCGUCUCCGUCCACUCUCUUACCCUCAGACAGAUGUCUUUUUGAUCUGUUUCUCGCUCGUCAGUCCACCUAGCUACGAGAACGUUAGAACCAAGUGGUGGCCCGAGAUUUCGCAUCAUGCGCCAUCAACUUCGGUGGUCUUGGUUGGCACUAAACUGGAUUUGCGCGAAGAUCCUGCUACUAUCGAGAAACUGCGUGACCGGCGCAUGCAGCCCAUCCAGUACACGCAAGGAGUGUCGAUGGCGAGGGACAUUGGUGCCGUCAAGUAUCUCGAAUGUUCUGCGCUAUCGCAGAAGGGCCUGAAGACCGUGUUCGAUGAGGUUAUCCGUGCUGUUUUGAACCCUCCCCCGAAGGAAAAGAAGCGCAGUGGCCGUGGUUGUGUUAUCGUAUGAGAGUGGACUUGUUAUUCCCAUGCUCAUAUAGAUGGAUUUUCCUUGUUAUAUCAUAUCACGCCCAUUUAUGUUGUUGCUUCCGUUACGACCUAUAUGUUGCAUUUUCCCGUCAAUGACGGGUUCUUAGUUAUCGAGCGGUAGCGUGUUUAGUGCGAGUCUGAGUGACUGCGGUUUUGAUGUCGACUGCCAUAAAUAUUAUGAUCCCGGACGGAUAUGGCUGAGCAAGUUACUUAUAGGAUUGUUUU